AUGUGGAGGGAUGAAAAUAAUUUUGAUGCGCAUGUAAAAGCUAGUUGGGAAGAGGCUAUCUACAGUACUCCUAUGUAUAAAGUAGUCAAGAACCUGAAGAGAUUAAAGAGAGUGCUCUUGGAUAUUAACAAGGAAGGGUUCAAUGAUAUCCAAGUAGCAGAAGUACAUGCAAAACAGAUCCUGCUUGCAUGUCAGGAUGCAUUGCAACAUGAUCCUCUGAAUGGUAUUCUCAUAGAUAAGGAAAAGGAGGCUCGUGGAAAAUAUAUUCAAUUAAGAAAAGCUUGUAGUAUGUUUUUAGCUCAAAAAGCUAAGUCAAACUGGAUUCACCUUGGGGAUGAAAACACUGCAUUUUUUCAUGCAUCAUUGAAGGCAAGACGGGCUCAUAACAGAAUAAAUUCAAUUAAGAAUGGGAGAGUGAUUUGGGUAGAUAAUUCAAAAGAUGUCAAGGCUGAUUUUUUGGAUUAUUAUCAGGAGCUUUUGGGUACUACUAUGACUAAUAGGCUGAUAGUUAUUAAAGCUAUAGUGGAGAUGGGACUGUUGCUUUCAACUAAUCAUAUUCGAAUUCUUCAAGCUGAUUUUACUCAGCAAGAGGUUAAAGGGGCUUUCUAUGCUAUUCUCGGGAUGAAGGCGUUAGGGCCUGAUGGAUAUGGAAGCUUCUUUUUUCAGGAUAACUGGGACCUUGUUGGCUCAGAAGUUUGUGAUGUCGUUCUCUCAUUCUUAAGAACUGGAAAUCUCUUAAAAUAA